UUAGAAGUUUAAAAAGAGAAAUAGGAGAAAGGUAGAGAGAUCUGAGAAGACAUGGGAGAAUAUGUGUUAACGAUUGCUUUGGCUAUAGCUUCCAUAUUGGUUGUUUCAUGCGUAUGGAGAGUGUUGCGUUGGGGAUGGUGGAGACCAAAGAAGCUGGAGAAGUAUCUAAUGGAGCAAGGUAUCAAAGGUCCUCCUUACAAGUUUCUUUACGGUAAUCUCCAAGAGGAGAUGAGAUUGAUGAAGAACGUUCAAUCCAAGCCUAUCAGCCUCUCCCAUGACAUCGUACCACGUGUUUUCCCAUUCGUUCACCAGUCCAUCAAUAACUACGGGAAAAUGUUUGUUUCAUGGUUUGGGCCGAUCCCUAGAGUGUAUAUCACUGAUCCAGUUCUAAUAAGGGAUAUUUUGUCAAACAAGUUUGGACAUUUUCAGAAGCCCAAGACUAAUCCAUAUGCCAAGCUGCUGUCAAAUGGGGUCGCAACCCGUGAAGGUGAGGACUGGGCCAAACACAGGAGGAUCAUUAACCCAGCCUUCCAUAUAGAAAAGUUGAAGCAUAUGCUUCCUGCAUUUUAUACUAGUUGCUGUGAACUGGUUAACAAAUGGGAGAAGUUGGUUGCAUCAAAAGGACUGUGUGAACUAGAUGUGUGGACAGAGAUGAAAAAUCUUACUGGAGAUGUCAUUUCUCGAGCAGCAUUCGGUAGCAACUAUGAAGAAGGGAUGAAGAUAGUUGAACUCCAAACAGAACAGGCUGCUCUUAUGAUUGAAGCAUCUAGGUCCCUUUACAUCCCAGGUUCCAGGUUCAUACCUACACAAAGGAAUAGAAGAAUGAAGGAAAUAGAUGGAGAGGUGCGGGCACUGCUUCGGAGAAUCAUCAGUAAGAGAAUGAAGGGUAGAGAAAUAUUGGAAGAGAGCAAGAAAGAUGACUUAUUGGGAAUACUAUUGGAAUCCAAUGCUAAAGAGAUUAAAGAAAGUGGGAAAUCUAAAAAUGCAGGAUUAAGUAUGGAAGACGUGAUGGGAGAGUGCAAGCUAUUUUACUUCGCUGGACAAGAGACUACUGCGGUUCUUCUCACUUGGACAAUGAUUGUAUUAAGUAUGCAUCCAGACUGGCAAUCACGGGCGAGGGAAGAGGUCUUGCAAAUCUUUGGUGAAAAUAAACCAACUUUCGAUGGGUUAAACCAGCUCAAAAUUGUGACAAUGGUUUUGUAUGAAGUUCUUAGGUUAUACCCAGCAGCCACUAUGCUUAAUCGGUUUACUUAUAAGGAGAUGAAGCUUGGAGAAUUCACUUUGCCUGAGGGAGUGUGGUUGACUUUGCCAGAAAUUAUAGUUCAUCGCGAUCGUGAAUUUUGGGGUGAAGAUGCUGAAGAGUUCAAUCCAGAAAGAUUCUCAGAAGGAAUUUUGAAGGCAAGCAAGAAUCAAGUAGUUUCAUUCUUCCCAUUUGGUUGGGGUCCUAGGAUAUGUAUAGGGCAAAACUUUGCAAUGUUAGAAGCAAAAAUGGCAAUGGCAAUGAUUCUACAGAAUUUUUGGUUUGAGCUGUCACCUUCAUAUGCACAUGCUCCUCAUACUGUUGUCACUCUUCAACCUCAAUAUGGAGCUCCCAUCAUCUUACAUAAACUAUGAUGUGUCACUAUUAAGUAAUACUAUUAUCUUUGUAUGAAUCAGUACUAUUAAGCAUUAAGUACUUACUAUUAUCUUUGUA